AUGUCGUCCAUCGUGAAAGAGAUUGCCCUCGUCACCGGGGCGAACAGCGGUAUAGGUUUCGAGAUCGCUCACCAACUUCUCCUGAGGGGGAAAUACCAUGUUCUUCUCGGCUCUCGCUCUACCACCAAAGGGUCUGCCGCCCUAGAAGACCUGCAAGCACGCAAGCUAUCGGGCAGCAUCGAGCUCGUGCAUCUCGACAUGCAGAACGACGACCACAUUGAGCAGACCACGAAGCUUAUCGAAGAAAAGCACGGGAGGCUUGACAUUCUGUUCAACAAUGCCGCAGUCGCCUUACCGGAAGGUUUGACGGAGCGUGAACGCUUGGCUACAGCCUUCGACGUAAAUGCAACCGGGCCAUGGCUUCUUGCGAACGCGGUCGUCCUGUUACUCAAAAAAAGUGCGAAUCCGCGGAUCAUCAACAUAUCCUCGGGUGCAGGGUCGAUCGGUCGCCGUCUCACCUCAGAAAGCCCAAUGUACAAGAUACAGGCCGUUCCGUAUCGCGCUAGCAAGGUCGCUUUCAAUAUGCUUAGUGCGUGCCUAUAUGUGGAGUACGGACUGGGAAUCGAGCAGGUGGACUUUACGGGUAUCAAGAGGAACGACGUCGAGGCCAGAAACGAGGAAAACAGUCCGAAAAUGAAGGUAUUUUGCUAUGACCCGGGUUUUACGGCCUCUAACCUGGGCCCGCACAAUAAAGAAGAGUUUGGUGCGAGGAGUGCACAGGAGACGGUGAAGAAUAUCAUGGAACUUGUCGACGGGAAAAGAGACGAAGAGUGUGGCAAAUUUAUCCAUAAUACCGGAGGAUACCCAUGGUAG